AUGGCGUUCAGUGCACCGUUUUCAGCACCUCAAAUGGAUUGGGAAACUAACGACUCGAUCUUAGCGUUUGGUAAAUUCAAGCAAAAAUGUGAGCUGAUGUUCAAAAGUAUACUCAAAGACGCUGAAGGAGAAGAACAAGUCAGCUAUAUCCUGCUAUGGGUUGGCGAGCAAGGUCUCGACAUCUACAACAGUUGGACAUUCGAAGACGUAAAAGACCAAAAAGACCCAGCGAAGAUUCUCGAUAGAUUUAUGGAACAUUUGGAGCCACGGACAAAUCAUCGAAUUCACAGGUAUACUUUACAAGGUAUGCGACAAGACCAAGGUGAGUCAAUCGAUAAUUUUAUUGCCAAGAUUAAAAAUAUCGCAGCCAAAUGCAAGUUUAAUGGCAAUGAAGAAAUCGAGGACAGAUUAUUCGAUCAACUAAUUUGGGGUACAAAUGAUCCUGAAGUUCAGAAAUCCUUAAUUGGACGCGAUGAAAAACUAACAUUAAAUACUGCCAUAGAUAUUGCUAGAAGUUAUGAAGCAACGAAGCAUCAAAUGAAUUGAUUAUCAAAUCAAAAUAAGGGAAAUCCUCAGCGAAUUGAUAACAUUACUCGCAAGAAAUUGAACGCUGAUAAUAAAAAUCAUAAUAAUAUUAUACAGUGUAAAAAUUGUGGCAAAACUCACAAACUGCCACAUAAAGGGAACUGUCCAGCGCAUGGUACCACAUGUAGGAAUUGUGGCAAAUUAAAUCACUGGCAAUUAGUAUGCAAAUCACCUAAGAGCCAACAUAGAUCAAAGUCGCCAUACCGAAAAAACAAAAAAUCCAUUAAUAGUCUUGAGAAACAAAAUGAGACUGACCCGUAUGCAGAUAUCCCAACAAUUGGCACUAUUGAAAUAAAUAGUGUGGAAAAUCAUAAUAAUAUUACUAGUGAAGAAAUAUUUACUACCCUACGUGUUAACCGUAAGAAUAAUGGAGAUAUAAAUUUAAAAUGCAAAGUAGAUACGGGUGCUCAGAGCAAUGUAUUGCCCAUUGAUUUGUUUCGUGUUCUAUAUCCUGAAUUAAUUAAUGCAGAAGGAAUGCCCAGGGAGGGUGCUCUGCAAAGAAGUGAUGUUAUUUUAACUGCAUAUGGGGGAUCUGAGAUUAACCAAUUUGGAAAAAUACUGAUACCAUGUCAACAUAAAAGAGGGAAAUUUAACUGUAAUUUUUACGUAACUGAUGCAGUAGGACCAGCUAUAUUGGGAAUAAAUAGACCAACUAGAAUUACGCAGCAUACAGCCACGUUAAUUGAUAAUAUCUUUACAAACAAUCUUGAACAAAUAGAUUCUGGUGUAAAUGGACUAAUUUUCUCAGAUAUUUCAGAUCAUCUCCCCAUAUUUCAUAUAGCUUCUUCAUCCACAAAUAAAAAUAAUACAAAAAGAGGAAAUGCACAUUAUAGAAGAAUGGUCGACAAAGAUAAUCUUGCUUCGUUUUUACUAUCUGUGAAAAAUAUAUCGUGGGAAAGUACUUUCGAAACCAAUGACCCUUGUGAAUCCUAUACGAAUUUUCACAAUAAUUUGAAGGUUGCAAUUGAUAAAUGUUUUCCUUUAGCAAAAAUAAAAAAGAAAACUGUGGAUCACACAAAAAGUCCCUGGAUGACAAUUGGUAUAUUUAAAUCUAUAUCCAAGAAAAAUAAACUCUAUAAAAAAUUUCUAAAAAAGCCAUCUUAUAGAAAUGAAACAGCCUAUAAAAAAUACAAAAACAAACUGAAUCACGUAAUAAAAACCGCAAAAAAGGCCUUUUAUGAAACACAAUUUCUUAAGUAUAAAAAUGAUAUUAAAAAGACAUGGCAAACUAUUAACGAAGUUCUUAACAGAAAUAAAACCAGAUCAAAACUACCCGAUACUUUUUUACAGAAGAAUUCAAAUAAUGAUGUUUCAAAUCCCCUGGAAAUUGCUAACAAAUUUAACGAAUAUUUUGUGAAAAUUGGUCCACAACUAGCGAAAAAAAUUCCCAAAAAUGAUAACAUAACGUAUGAAAGCUACCUUAAUGGCAACUAUGUUGAAAGUAUGUUUAUAGAACCUGUGACUGAAUAUGAGCUGCAAAUUGAGAUUAAUAACUUAAGUGAAACUAAAAGUGCAGGACAUGAUGACAUAAGCGCGAAAAUGAUAAAGAUCAUCAGUGAAGAAAUAAUUAAACCUCUAACAUAUAUUUAUAAUCUAUCAUUUGAAACUGGAAAAAUACCAAAUUUUUUGAAAAUAGCUUUAGUUACUCCUAUUUUCAAAGCUAAGGAAAAUAAUCUAUUUGAAAACUAUCGACCUAUAUCGGUAUUAACUUGUUUUUCAAAACUACUUGAAAAACUUAUGCACAAGCGAUUAAUUAUGUUGAAAAACAUCGUAUACUUUCAGAACAUCAAUUUGGUUUUAGAAAAAAUAGAUCAACUGAGCAUGCCAUUCUUGAACUAACCGAUAAAAUAUCCAAAGCAAUAGAUGAAGGUAAAUAUACUGUAGGUAUAUUCCUUGAUCUCUCUAAAGCCUUCGACACUGUCAAUCACGAAAUUCUCAUUAAAAAACUUCAACACUAUGGAAUUAGAGGUAUAGGUCUACAAUGGUUUAUAAAUUAUUUACAGGAAAGGACUCAAAUAGUCAAAUAUAAACAACAUAGGUCAACUGAAAUGAGUGUUAGGACUGGCGUCCCACAGGGUUCAAUUCUUGGACCGCUACUAUUUCUAAUAUACAUUAAUGACAUUGAAAACUGCAGUAAAAUUCUUUCUUUUGUCUUAUAUGCCGAUGAUACAAAUGCCUUUUAUUCAAAUUCGUGCCUAAAAACUUUAGCUAGUACUAUACAAAAUGAAAUGAAUGAAGUAGUGCAAUGGCUUAACGCCAAUAAAUUAUCAAUCAAUGCAUCGAAAACAAAAUUUGUCAUUUUUAAAUAAAAAAAUAAGUUACAGCAUCAAGAAAUCAUAGUAAAAAUAAAUAAUGAUAUAGUUGAACAAGUACCUUGGGUAAAAUUCCUAGGUGUAUUAAUUGAUCAAGAGUUGACAUGGAAGAACCACAUCAACUCCGUUCUGAAAAACAUAAUUAAAUCUGCGGGUAUGAUUGCUAAACUAAGACAUUUUACGAACAAAAACACUUCGAAAUUGAUUUACUAUGCAUUGGUCUAUCCAUACCUCACGUACGGAAAUCUAGUUUGGGGAAGUACAUACCCAACAAGGUUACAAAAGUUACUAAAUGUGCAAAAGAAAAUUGUACGACUAAUCUGUUUUAAAUCUUAUAUGGAUCAUUCUGAACCAAUAUUUUUACAAUUGAAAAUCUUGGAUAUCUACAAAAUUAAUGAUUAUCUAUGCAGCUUAUUCAUGUAUCGCUUCAAUUAUUGUCAAAAUUUCCCGGACUUUUAUAAUGAUUACUUCAAACAAAAUAACGAACUAUACAACUAUAAUACUCGAAAUUCUACCAAGUUACAUGUGAGCUAUAAGAGAACAAACUAUCGCAAAUACACUGUAUUUAACAAAGGAGUUUCUAUAUGGAAUUACCUUGAUGAGGAAAUUAAAAAUAUUAAAUCUUAUUUUUCUUUUAAGAAAACUGCAAAAUCUUAUUACUUGAUGUCUAGUUGAUGUAAAUAUUUCAGGAAUAUUAAUGACAGUAUUCUGUAAUGUACUAAAUAUUCCUUAAACAUUUUCCAUAUUUGUUUGUAAAUACUUUGUGUUUUUCAUUGCAAAUUGUCUUUAUGUACAUAAUCUAGUUUUGUAUUACUGAACACUAAAACUAUAGGGGCCUCGUCUUAAAAGUCCAACAGGAUUUCCAGAGGUCUCUAGCCCGUUUAUAUAUUCUUAAAUAUUCAACUUGUAAAUAUUAUUUGUGGGUAAAUAAACUAAUCAAUCAAUAAAAGCGUGUAGAGGCGCCCUUGAACUGGUUUCACUUCAUUGUGCACUGGAAACAAAAAGUGUGCAAGGAAAGAACGUCUCUCGAGAUGUUGCCCAGGGGCCUAGGAAAGAGGAAGUAAAGCCCAGUAAGACUGUUAGAUUUGCAGAUCAGGCAAAGAUAAUAAAUCAGCAACAAAGCCAAUCCAGAAAUUAUAUUAAACCUUCUGUGCCAAUAACAAGCCGUCCUCGUAUAAAGGACAAAGAGCAUCUGAUUGAGAUGUACCCAGAAUGUUUUGACGGGUCAGUUGGAUGUUUUGAAGAUUACACCUACCAUAUUACCCUAGAUCCUAAAGUUAAACCAGUUGUUCAUGCACCUCGCAGAGUACCAUUAGAACUGGUAGAUAAACUAAAUUUCGAACUUAAUGAGAUGGAAAAGAACGGGGUAAUAGAAAAAGUAACAAAACCUACCGAUUGGGUUAACUCAAUAGUUAUAAGAGAAAAGCCCAAUGGAAGACUUCGUUUAUGUCUUGACCCUAAAGACUUAAAUGAAGCAAUCAUGAGGGAUCAUUACCCAACACCCACCUUAGAGGAAAUCACCCCAUAGUUAGCUGGAGCUAGGGUAUUCAGCAAAAUAGAUGCUCGUAACGGAUACUGGAAUGUUAAGCUGGAUGACGAAUCAUCCUAUCUAACAACUUUCAACACACCGAAUGGUCGUUAUAGAUUCCUUAGGAUGCCAUUUGGUCUUCGAAUGAGCCAAGAUGUUUUUCAAUUCAAGAUCGAUGAAACUUAUCGGAACUGUCCUGGUGCUACUGGGAUCGCAGACGAUAUCACAGUCCAUGGCCGAGAUGAAUCAAAUCACGAUCUACAUCUUCAUGAUGCAAUGGAACGUACAAGAAUGGCUGGCAUCAAACUCAACCAACAGAAGUGCAUCAUCAAGACGUCCGAAUGCAGUUUUUUUGGUAUGGUAUACACCUCGAGUGGAGUCAAACCAGAUCCAGAGAAAGUCAUAGCCAUACAGAACAUGGAACCACCCAAAGAUAAGAAAGAACUUCACACGUUCCUUGGUAUGGUCAACUACUUGGCGUCAUUUAUGCCUAACUUGGCGAGUCACACGGCACCUUUGAGGGAGUUACUCCGGGAUAACAUUGAUUAGCAAAGCAGUUGUGCUACAAGUAGACGCAUCAAGUAAAGGCUUGGGAGCCGUCUUAUUACAAGAGAAUAAGCCCAUUGCCUUUGCACCGAAAGCCCUAAUUCCUGCUGAGAGUCGGUAUGCCAACAUCGAGCGUGAGUUAUUAGCAGUGGUGUAUGGUUGUGAGAAGUUUCACACAUACUUAUAUGGAAGGCAAUUUGUUGUGGAAAGUGAUCAUCGUCCUUUGGAACAGAUCCAGAAGAAGAAUCUCGACAUGGCACCUCCUCGACUUCAACGAAUGCUCCUACGCUUGCAACCAUACGAUUGUAUCAUCAAAUAUAAGCCAGGCAAAGAGAUGGUGAUAGCAGAUACACUUUCGAGACUGUCACCAAAGGAGGGAGACGAAAUCCCUGGAAUGCAAGUGAAAAUUCAUCAUCUAGUGGAGUUCACACCUGUCGAACUCCAACAGAUAAAAGACGAAACUGCUAAAGAUGGAACUCUUCAAAUCCUCACCGAGCAAGUUAUGCAAGGGUGGCCUGAUAGCAUAAAGAAAACUCAGCAAGCAAUAAAGCCUUACUGGAAUAACCGAGAUGAUAUCUCUAUUCAAGAAGGAGUUCUACUAUUAGGAAGUAGAAUAAUUGUUCCAAAAUCACUCCGGCAGAAGAUAUUGCAAGAAAUCCACAGUGGUCAUCAAGGGAUGGAGAAGUGCAAACUCCGCGCAAAAUCUUGUGUCUAUUGGCCUGGUAUAUAUAAAGAGAUUGAGAAUAUGGUGGCGCCCUGUUGUGCCUGCAAGAAAUUCCAGAAUUCUCAGCAGAAGGAGCCCAUGAUUUCAAGUGAAGUACCGCGAAGACCAUGGCACACUGUGAGUGCAGACCUGUUCAAGGUAAAUAAUUUCUGGUACAUAGUUAUCGCUGACUAUUAUUCGAAGUUUCCAUUCGUGAAGAAGUUGAAUAAUCUAACAGCAACCACUGUAGUUAAUGUGGUUAGAUCAAUAUUUUCUGAGCAAGGCAUACCAGAAACCCUGAUUUGUGAUAAUGGAACCCAAUUCACUUCUGCCCAAUUUCAAGACCUAGCGAAGAGAUAUGGUUUCAGAGUGGUGACUUCGUCACCGUACUACCCAAAGGGUCAUGGCUUCAUUGAGAGACAGGUCCAAACUGUGAAGAAGAUCCUGUUGAAAUGCGAAGAAUCCGGAACUGAUCCUAGUCUUGCAUUGCUGUCGUUACGUUCUAUACCGUUAAGUGCAACACUCAAAUCUCCAGCAGAACUACUAAAUGGAAGAAUGUUCAAGACAACAUUACCAGUAAAGAUUCAUCCACCAAACGAUUGGCACGAAACCAGAGACUUGUUAUUAACACAACAAAAGAAACAAAUCAAUCUAUAUAACAGGGAUUCGAAAGAGAAACCAAAUCUCUUUCAAAAUCAAGCUGUACAAGUUCAAGACCCUCUGAAAAAAACAUGGAGUCCAGCGAGAGUAGUUGGGUUCGGACCAACUCCUCGUUCCUAUAUUACAGAGGAUGAAUCCGGAGUUCAAAUACGGAGGAAUAGACAGUUAAUCAAGCCUGAUAUCCAGAAGACACCUGGACCAACAAGUCCUGCAGCUGUGAAAGAUAACCAAAGUGAAAAAGAAGUGUUGAGAUACCUAAUCGACCAGAAGUUCGAACACGCUCAGGUCGUAUAA